GCCGCCCCGGCCUCCAGCGCGCCGCCGCCUCCCCGGGCAGCGGGGACUCUCCCGCCCGGCCGGCCCAGGCACCACCGGGGCUGCCGUAGGGCCGGGGGGAGGCGAGUGAGGCCUCGCCGCCUCCGGGGCGGUGGAGGGGGGGGCGCGGCUGCGGCGGGGCGGCCCUUCCCCGCUCUCGGCGGCGGCUGCCGCAGGCGGCCCGGCCCCCAUCUCCAUCCUCAUCUCCUCCAUCCCAGGCCGACCGGUGCCGGUGCCGCCCCUCAGCCGCGCCCGCCCCCCGGCUGGCUUCGGCAGCGCGGCAGUGCCGGCGGGGCUAUGGCUGCGGAGGAGGUGCUGCAGGGCGCGGACCAUUACAAGAGCGAGAUCGAGCGGCUGACCCGGGAACUCUCCGAGACGACCCAUGAGAAGAUCCAGGCGGCGGAGUAUGGGCUGGUGGUGCUGGAGGAGAAGCUCACCCUCAAGCAGCAGUACGACGAGCUGGAGGCGGAGUAUGACGGCCUGAAGCAGGAGCUGGAACAGCUGAAGGAGGCAUUUGGACAGUCCUUCUCGAUUCACCGCAAAGUGGCUGAAGAUGGUGAAACACGUGAAGAAACUCUCCUCCAGGAAUCUGCAUCAAAAGAAGCUUAUUACCUCGGGAAGAUUUUGGAGAUGCAGAACGAGCUGAAGCAGAGCAGGGCAGUGGUCACCAAUGUUCAGGCAGAGAAUGAGAGACUCACUGCUAUUGUCCAAGACUUGAAAGAGAAUAAUGAAAUGGUAGAACUACAGAGGAUACGAAUGAAAGAUGAAAUUCGAGAGUACAAGUUUCGAGAGGCAAGACUCCUACAGGACUACACUGAGCUUGAAGAAGAAAACAUCACUUUACAGAAACUGGUGUCCACACUGAAACAGAAUCAAUAUUAUGAAUGUUCUUUGUCUUGUCUAAUUCAGGUUGAAUAUGAAGGCUUAAAGCAUGAGAUUAAACGGUUUGAGGAGGAGACAGUGUUGCUUAACAGUCAGCUAGAAGAUGCCAUCAGACUGAAGGAGAUUGCUGAGCAUCAGCUGGAGGAAGCUCUGGAAACUUUAAAAAAUGAAAGAGAGCAAAAGAACAAUCUGAGAAAGGAACUAGCCCAGUAUAUCAACCUCAAUGAUAGUAUGUAUAAUAACCAUAUUAAUAUAUCAGUAGAUGGAUUGAAGUUUUCAGAGGAUGGGGGCGAGCCCAACAAUGAUGACAAAAUGAACGGACAUAUCCACGGGCCUCUUGUGAAACUCAAUGGUGACUACCGAACCCCCACGAGUAGGAAAGGAGAGUCUCUUCACCCCGUUUCUGACCUCUUCAGUGAGCUCAACAUAUCAGAAAUACAGAAACUGAAGCAGCAACUCAUGCAGGUGGAGAGAGAGAAGGCUAUUCUCCUGGCCAACCUGCAGGAGUCUCAGACGCAGCUGGAGCACACCAAGGGAGCCCUGACUGAGCAACAUGAAAGAGUACACAGGCUCACGGAGCACGUCAAUGCCAUGAGGGGGCUGCAGAGCAACAAGGAGCUGAAAGCUGAGCUUGACUCUGAGAAGGGCAGAGAACCCAGUGAGGAAGCACACGAUUAUGAAGUGGACAUAAACGGCUUGGAGAUCCUAGAAUGUAAAUACAAAGUAGCUGUGACUGAGGUGAUAGACCUCAAAGCAGAAAUCAAAGCCUUAAAGGAGAAAUAUAAUAAGCAUGUUGAAAACUACACUGAAGAGAAGGCCAAGUAUGAAAGCAGAAUCCAGACAUAUGAUGAGCAGGUGACAAGCCUGGAGAAGUCAACCAAGGACAGCCAGGAAAAAAUGGUCCACAUGGAAAAGGAGCUGCAAAGGAUGACAAGCAUAGCAAAUGAAAACCAUAAUACCCUCAACACCGCCCAGGAUGAGCUGGUGACAUUUAGUGAGGAGUUGGCUCAGCUCUACCAUCACGUCUGCCUGUGCAACAAUGAGACACCAAACAGGGUCAUGUUGGACUAUUACAGGCAAAGCAGAGUCACCCGCAGCGGGAGCCUGAAAGGACCAGAUGACCCUCGAGGUCUCCUUUCCCCACGGCUUGCCAGAAGGGGGGUGUCAUCACCUGUAGAAGCCAGGACCCCGACUGAGCAGGUGACAAAAGAGGCCACUGAGCCUGGCAAGGAACAGAGCCCGACAAAAACACCUACCAUUUCUCCUGUCAUCACAGCCCCUCCUUCUUCCCCUGUCUCUGAUACCAGUGACAUCCGCAAAGAGCCGAUGAACAUCUACAACCUCAAUGCCAUAAUAAGGGACCAAAUCAAGCACUUGCAGAAGGCUGUCGAUCGGUCGCUGCAGCUGUCGCGCCAGCGUGCUGCAGCUCGGGAGCUGGCACCCAUGAUCGAUAAAGACAAGGAGGCUUUAAUGGAAGAGAUACUGAAACUAAAAUCACUCCUGAGUACGAAGCGGGAACAGAUUGCAACCCUGAGAGCAGUGCUGAAAGCCAACAAGCAGACAGCUGAAGUGGCACUAGCCAAUUUGAAGAAUAAAUAUGAAAAUGAAAAAGCGAUGGUGACUGAAACCAUGACCAAACUACGGAAUGAAUUAAAGGCUUUGAAGGAAGAUGCAGCAACCUUCUCAUCCUUGAGAGCGAUGUUUGCAACUAGGUGUGAUGAGUACGUCACGCAGCUGGAUGAGAUGCAGAGGCAGCUAGCAGCUGCGGAGGACGAGAAGAAGACCCUAAAUUCUCUGUUGCGCAUGGCUAUCCAGCAAAAACUUGCCCUUACUCAGCGACUGGAGGAUUUAGAGUUCGACCAUGAGCAGUCCCGACGCAGCAAAGGCAAGCUUGGAAAGAGCAAGAUCGGCAGCCCUAAAGUAAGUGAGGAGGCAUCAGCCACCGUGCCAAGCAUAGACACUUUCCUCCUGCAUAGUCAGGGCCCACAGCAACCAAACUUACUGGUCAGCAGUGGCACUCAGAGGAAAAGACUAUUCUCACCUUCCCUUUGUGAUCAGAGCCAUCCCAGGACUUCAGGGACCUACCUCCAGAAAUUAUUAAGAGCCCCCCCUCAUCCCACCUCCACAGAAUCAUAUCUUCUGAGGGGCCCCCCUUCCAUGAGUGAAUUCAUCCAUGGGCACCGUCUCAGCAAGGAAAAAAGGUUAACCGUGGCCACACCAGUCCUAAUGCUCUUCCAGAAGAGCAGCCACAUUCCAGCUCUCAGUGUGCCCCUCUCAACUGUCUCUCUAAGCCUCCUCCUUACCCCUAAUCUUCAUACACAACGUAAGAGAAAAUGCAGAGUGGAGUUCGUGCAACAAAGGUUGGGGUUGUUCCCAGCAAGCGGGUAUACGAUCCUGCUUUGUUGCUGUAUUGACAAACCUGGAUUCAUACCUCCUGCUCCAGCGACUGAGGGAAGGUUGAGAAGAAGAACACAAAGCACAGAGCCCAACCUACCAAGAAGACUUUUUAUGGUUCCUCUGAUUGUAUUCAAACUUUGCUAUCACAACUAAAGUGUAGUGAAAUUUAACAUCUUGACAAAAAUGUUCCUCCCAGCUGCUUGGCUUUAGCUCUGAAGUAAUGAGAGACUUAAGCCAAUGUUAAAAAAAGUGUGUUACAAAAAUCCUGCCCUCACAUCCUCUAAGUUCAGCCAUAGGAACCAGUUUAAAUUUCCUUCUGUCAUUAAGGGUGUGAUGUUUAUUUCUUACUUUAUUUGCACCAGAUUUUUGUGUUUAUAAAAUGCAGUCUCUUUUUUUUUUCUUUUUCUGAGAAUUGUAUUUAACUGAUAUUAUUUUUAAAAAUAAGAGGAAUAGCUUAAGUGAGGAAUGACUGUGUUAAUAUUAAAAAGAGGCUUGUUGCAUUGGCCAGCAUAUGGCCAAUUUUUAUUGCACAAAAGUGUUGGAAAUGGGUUGAAUUGAAAUGUUAGCAAUGACUGUAUAUUUUGCUGUUGCACUGAUAUUGUUUAUGCUCUUGUUUUUUUUAAUUCCUAUUACAGUAGCUUCUGGUUUUGUUCUAGUUCUUCACUGAAAGAUAAUUUUUAAGCCUAAGAAGGAGAUGAAAGGAUGAUGUAUUCAGUCGUUUUCAGUUGUUUGCUUGCAUUGUAAUUAUUUUGUUACAUUUCAGACAAGUAGAUGAAUUGGUGCUGUUUUGGGGGGUUACUUUCUAUUUGGUAUCUGAGAAAGAAAAUCUAAAGUAAGUAAGAUGCUGUGUGCUAAUUAAAAACAUUCUUUCCUCCUGCUCCCAUAUUCAGGGUACUAGCUUGAGGCCUUACCUUGAAAGGCUAGUAUGAAUGGCGAAGUCAUAUGCAUUUCGUGUGAGGUAUUCUGUGGUGAAAGGAUUUGUGCAAGAAGGGUUAACUGUGUGGAUCAAAGUUAGUAGGACUUUGUUGAAUAUUGUAGUGCAUUUUUUCCUUGCCAAAAAUCAACAGACACAGAACCUUAGCUCAUGUCAGUUUAUGACAAAUACUCAGGUGAUCUACACUACGCAGACUCUAUUGCAACAGUGCACAGUGUUCCUAGUUAAAGAUUCUUUCCUGUAAAAGCUGAGUAUGUCUGGGUUUCUUCUUAAAAAGUAGUGAGUUUCAGAACAAAAUCAAGGAUAGAUAUAUUUAUUUUGCACAGUACCUGACAGCAAGGCCAGCGGCUAAGUAGGGCUAAGUGUCGAUGGGCUUCCCGUUUGGUCAUCAGCUAGAAAAUUAAGUCUGCAGUACUGCCUACCUGCCUACUUAUUAGUAACUAGCAGACUCCUUGCUUUGUCAGGUGGCCUUAAUUAAUUUACAGAAGAGAAGCUUAGGUAUUUCCACUUCUUUAUUCCUUCUCUGCAGCACACGUUUGACUUGCAGGUGGGAAACACAGUACAGCCUAAGGUACAGAGUAUCUGGGGAAAAAAACACACUGCUGCAGGUGUGGUUGGAAUAAUUCUCUCACAUUCUGCCUGAAUCUGAGAAAAUGAAGUCCGUCUUCUGUUAGUAACAGUGCUUACCAAAUGUUACGAUAUACAAAACAUCAGCAAAGGAAAGAAUUGGUGACCACUCAGUGUGCCUAACAAAUCAUUAGUACCAUAGUACCAGUAACGAAGGUGCUGUAAAUACAAAUACUCUAUGUCGUCACCAACGUAUGUCGUGUAACCUUGGCAAAGCAGCUAUUGUAACCGAACAUUCAGAGGUGGACAAAAUAGGAACAAACUGACAUCCAAUUCUGGUCAGAUCAAACAGACAACACCUGGCAGUGUUUUGACUUCGGUUUCCAUGCAGUUUGCAUGACUCUUCUCAUAUACAUUUACAUUGCUAUUCAGUAUCAUACUUAACCUAUGUGUUGUCUUGUCAUAAAAAAGUCAAGUGAAACCUUGUUCAGCUUUAUCAUGUCUGACACUGAGAUUAGCUGCUAUUUUGAUUUUUAUUUUUUAAAAAAUAAUAGUCUGAGGCAAAUGCUGCCUCCAAAAAGCAUCUCAAAAUUCCUGACCUUGUCAGACUAGUGUAUGAAUAUUGUACAGUGGCCACAUCUGUGUCCAACAAAGACAGCUACUGUAGAUCGUUAAAAAGAAAAAGAAAUUGCAUUGCACUUUGAAUAUAGUUACUGCAGGCUGCACUUGAAAUAUUUUUUCCUAUUUUCAUACCCAACUCAAAUGCAUUUUCUCUGAAUUUAAGUUAAAUUAAAAAGAAAUUCAGUGAAAUACAUUUCCUUUCUAUAUGGAUACAAAUUUAUUUGGAAAAAUGCUGUAUUGGAGCAGUUGUUUAGAAACGUAUUUGUUUCCAGUUGUGAUUUGCAGAGCGAUUUUAGGAAUUGAAGCAUUGUACUAGUAUGUUCAUGUGGAUCAAGAGUUAAUGGAACAGCAUCCAGUGAUACAGAAAUUGUGGCCCCAUUUUAUAGAAAUAAGUGGGUUUAUUAGAUUUUUUUAUUCUCUUAAGCUUUAAGUUUUUCAUGUCUAAGUUUUCAAUUUACAUUUUUUUAUACGUAAUAAUACUUAAGUGUUGGAAAUGUAAGAGAACUGGAAACAAACCAACUUUAACGUACAAAUGGCUGUAGUUAUUGUAUUGUCAGGUAUAAAACUGUAGGUCCCUGGGACAACUUUUGUCAGUUAACCAGUACAAAAUAAAAUACAUAUCUUGAAUGUGAGAUGAUACACUCUUCUUUAUUAUAUAAUGAUUGAUAGCAUACAACUUUGUGAGAGAUUUUGUAGGAAAUAUUUACGUGCAGAUGAACAGAAACAAAAGCCAGGUUUUUGAAGGGUUGCAAAAUAUUAUAUUUUGCCCAUUUACAAUUAAUUUAUGAUGUAUUGAAAUCUAUUCUGAUUUUUAAAGAUAAAAAAAAUUAUACAUAUAUUUGUAAUGGUUGAGUAUACUCAGAAACGCUGAAAUGUGUCCUACGCAAUAGGGAAGCAAUUUAAAUCCUCCUCUGACUUUUGUAUCUGAAAUGCAGCUUUUGUUCUCUAUGAUGGCCUUGAAUUUUCUUUGUGUUUGGAAUAGACUGUUCAGUUCUGAGGCAUUUUGGUUUGGGUUUUAUUUUUGGAUGUAGUAAAAAAGUAUACCUUGCUCAGUGAAAUGUUCCACUUCUGGAAAUCCUGUUUAUAGGAAACGUGUGGGGAAAAAGGAAAAGAAAAAAAAAUUAAAUAGGAGAAAGAGAUGGAUGAGUAAGUACUUUGUAAAAUGUAAUAGUAUGGAAAAUAUAUUUUCUAUCAGUCAGAAGAUAAACAGAAGAAAAUAUUGCCGUUUUUCAUGCUUAUUGUAUAAAAGUUUCUGCCUUUUAAAGGAAGGCAAUAGUGAUAUACUUUCUGAUUGAUCUGAUUGACAGACUGGCAUCUCUGUGCUUUCUCCAUCCACAUUUUUCACAGUAAAUUAAUGUAGUCAUAGUUAUACAUUAUAGAAUGAAACUGUAAUUAACGCUGCAGGUUUUAAUGCCAAGAUGACUUUCAGUUUCUCUUUAAAAAAAAUUGUGAAGUUUUUUUAAACCAUUUGACAUAUCUAAGUGUGAACAGAAAGGAGCUUAUGUUAUGAAAUAUAACCUCACUUACAAAAUAUGACCUCACCUAUAAAGGUGCUCACGAUAGUUAUGUUGGAAAUACUUAAAUAAGCUGCUAGUAAAAUAUGGCCCAGUCCUUAUCACACUGGGAAGAACACCCCUGAGUCUGGGCCCUAUUUUGAUACCAACCUUAUCAUUCAGCGUGCAAUGCCAAAGUCAGUAGUUGUGCUACCAAUUCCACUAUAGCUGGAUUAAUCAUCAUCAUAAGGUAUGAUAUCAGCCCUUCUGAGGUCUGUUCCUUUCUUGGUGGAAGAUGCCUAUUCACUGAGGUUACAGUAAAUUUCUUUCUUUUGUACUUCAGAAAUCUUCAAGUGAAAAUGGCAGGCAUUGAUGUUUUACAUUUGAAGUAUGAUAAUUGCUAUAGUUACCUCUUUAAAAACUCCAGUCAUCACUUUUCUUCAGUUUUCCUUUGCUGUGUAUGCAGUGAGUCUGAAAGGGAUAUACAACAUUCAGGCUUUUUUAGCCAUUAAGAUUUUUAUUUUUUUUUUAAGUAUAAUUAAGCAUCCUGCGGAAAAGAAACUAAAAAGCAAUUGCCUUUCGCCUUCAGGCACAAAUGCAUCUUAAUAUGCAAUGUAAAAUGCAUGCAUGAGAUUUCUAACAUCGUGUAGCUUUUCCAUAUCUACAACUAAGCUAGAAAAUUCUUAUUUCUUGAUAGAUUUGCAUAUUCUUCCUGCUAGAAAGGCAAGAAAAUAAUUACAGAGAGUCUGUAUCUUUCAUUUGGAGGUGUGUGGUUUAAAUUGUCAUUAGUUUUUAAUCUGUUUGCUGUGGAGUUCUUGAAAAUCCCCUAUGUGAAAUCUAAUGGCAACCAAGAGAAAACUGUCAAAAGGUAAAGGAAAAAUCCUGUAUUCUAUGACUGGAGUUAAUGUGCAGACAGACCCUGGGUGACAGGGCUUUGUGUUUCAAAAAUGUCUUUCUACUAAGCUCUGUAUUUGUUUUGAUUAUCAUCAUGAUUUGCUGUAGAAGACAUUGGAGAAAAGUGUAUGUUUUUUCUCAGUAUUAGUAAUCCGAGUUGAACAGUUUUUAUUGAGUGUAUGGUUAUUUCAAAAAUAUUUUGGAAAUCAGUUGAUUUCCAAGUGGUUGAUAAAAGUUUCAAGUAGACUGACUUGCUAGCCGAGUUGUUAUUUUAUCAGCUGUGAAGAAGAAAUAAGAGUAAUCUAGCUUUUUCCUCCCCUCCUGUUCACAGAUAUGGCUAUGUGUGCUAUGCCAGUGGAUAAAUUAAGUCCAUUUUAUUAGUUAUUGCCCUAUUGAUUUUCUGCCCUGUGGUUUGACUGUUAAAGGAUUAAUUAACUUGAUCCUUUGUAAACAAUUAAAAAAACCCCAACUGAUGUUUUGUGACUUUUGUAACCUAUUGAAUGUUUCCAUUUGCAUGAUGUUCUGUAUCUAACAAAUCAUACAGAUUGCUGUGUUCCUUUGAAAAGAAUUUUAACUUUGGUGGAGUUUGUGACAAACACAAAUUUGUAUACUGUAUGUUUACUGCUGUAAUAACUCAGCUACUCCUAUGUUGAAUUGAUAUUAUGUUGUCCUGCCUUCUUGGGGUUAAAUGAUAGAGUGUUUCUAGGUGGUGAAGAAUAUAAAAGUAUAUCUGUUUAUUUGCUAAAGACUGAAUAUUGGAAACUCUUCUUGUUGCUACUUUAUGCUAAAAGCAAAAAAAAAAAAAAAAAAGUUAAUUAAUUCUUGUUUCCAAAAAUGCAUCAUUUGUUUUUCAAAUUGAAGUAAUUCCCAUGUUAACUCUUCGUUGUCCUUGUAGACAAUCCUAGAUUAAUGCCUUGUGAGGGAUUCAUAAAGUCUGUGCUUGUACAUGUGUAAUAUGAUCAUGCAGUCAAAUGGUUGGGAAAAACACUCUAGUGCUGAAGAAAAUAAUUAAAAGAAGACAAUAUACUGAUUCGUACAUCUUUAUGUUCCAAUUAAAAUUACAGUGUAAUGCAUAACUGUUCCAGUGAAUAAACUGGCCAUUUUUGUUCAUUUAA